CACACUUCCAUAUCCCCUCCUACGUGCCCGCGCAGAAAGACGAGGAGAUUGGCCAGAUCGAGCUCGAGAAAAAGGAGUACAAGUCAGGCAGCUACGGGUGAGUACUCAGCUCGAGGUUGCGCUACUACGAGCUCAUGCAACUCAUCCCAACACUACAUCCGCGCCUCUCACUCGCCCCUUGUAGCUUCUCCGCUAGCAAGAAUGACCCCAUCACCGUUGACAUUGCGGGCGAAGAUGUGAAGCUCCUCAUCGGCAACAUCAACCUCACCGUCGUCGGCAGCAAGGGAGUCGCCGCCGCCGCCAAGCGUGAGGCUGACGACGGUGACAGCGCCAGCAGCGGUGCCAUUGGAAGCAAAAGUAAGAAGGCUGCCUCUGCUACGACUACCAAGAAGACGGCGGCAACUGUCAAGGGUGGCAAGAAGGGCUUGGGCGGCAGCAACAGCAAGGGAAGCAACAGCACCAAGACUCGAUCCGCCUCCGCCUCCGCCUCGCAUAGCAUGGACGACACGAGUGACAAAGUUGACGGUGACGAGGAGAGCGCUGUUGAUGAUAGCUCGGCCAAGGAGGGGAGCGGGGAAGGCACCGACAAUGAGGAGGAACAGGGCGGCAAUGACGCUGAGCCCAAUCACAACGGAGGAGACGACGAUGAGGACGAUGAAGAGGACAGUGGGGACGAGGCUGACGACAACAAGCCAGCCAAGAAGAAGCGUAAGACGUAAUACGCUCCCUCAUCCCUCUCCCAGAGGCUCUGCGGCAGCCAAGGCGUAGCGUGACAGCACCAUUGAGAUGGCAUACACGCAUCAUUCAGCAAUUUCUCUCUCUGUCUCCACAAUACAGCGGCACCUAGACCACAAGCACACCUCUACUGAAAGUCAGAGUGUGUCGAUCCAUGUACAUACGUCAUCGCUGUGGCACCCUCCACCCCAUGUAAUGCCAUCCACCAUGUC